AUGGCGGGCGGCGAUGAGGCGCAGUCGGCCGCCGCCGCCGAGAAGCCGUCUGAGAUGGAGCUGCUUCGGGGCAUGCUGCAGCAGCAAUUGGAGCUGGCUGCAGCGGCAGCGCGACGUGAGGAGCGGAUGGCCGCGCUGAUGGAGCGGAUGCUUCCCGGCCCGACGGCCGUGCAGGACGCCACGGCACCCGCCCAGCGGGCCGCCCUGCUCGCCGUUCUCGACGACGACUGGGCCCGCGUUGUUCGGUUCGGCCUGCCCAUCCCCGCCGAGGCGUCCAUGGCCGAUGUAAUCACCGCCAUGCACGCCCACCUUCGGCGGCAGCGGAACGUGGUGAUCGACCGCUGCGAGUUUAACAUGCGGAUGCAGGAGCCAGGCGAGUCAGUGGACGAUUUUAUCUGCGCCCUGAAGGAGAUAGCGUCCUGCUGUGAUUUUUGCCCUAACUGCACCGAUGAUCGGUUCCGAGACCAUCUGGUGGUGGGCACCAGUGAUGACGAGGCUAGACGCCGCAUGCUGGAGCUGCCCGAUCUGACCUUCCAGAUGGCCGCCGACCUGUGCCGGGCGUCUGAGAGCGCCCGUCUCAACAGCUCGGCGAUCCGUGGCCCGGGCGAGCCGUCUCUGCGCCGUCUCUCCGAGUACCGGCGACAGCGCGGUCGGCCGAGCGGCGCGGACUCGCGCCCGGCCGACCAGACCCGGCGGUGUGACCGCUGCGGUGCCGCGCAGCACACGGACGGUCGUGCCUGCCCCGCCCUGGGUCGCACCUGCCACCGAUGCCACGAACGGGACCACUUUUCCUCGGUCUGCCGGCGUGCCGCGGGCACUGAUGAGCGGCACCGGCAGACGCCUAGUUCCGAGCGCAGCCACCAGGGCCAGGACUGGCGCCACCGUAGCGCGAGCAACCGCCGCCAGGGGAGGGGCCGGCGCCACCGUAGCGCAAGCAGCCGCCGCCGUGGCAACAGCACGGCUGCCGACGCGUCGCACCGGCAGGUUUUGGUGCUGGCAGCGAAUACAACCACGAGAGACAAGGGGAACCGGCAGCAGUCAGCGCCGCCGGCAGCCCGGACGCCGGGCGCGCGCCUCAACAGUGUGACGGCCCACCGGUCGCCGCAAAUCCGGCUACAGCUGCACCUGCCAAACGGAGUCAGGCGGUCGACCGUAUGGACGCCCGACACCGGCGCCGAAAUAUCAGCCCUCUCACUGCAACAAGCCGAGUCCAUGGGAGUGAGCAGAGCGGACCUCACGCCCUCCACGGCUGUGCUGUGGGCCGCCGACAGCCGCCGGCUGGACUGUGUGGGCACGUGCGCCCUCACCCUGCAGCUCGGUGACGUCAUACAGACCGUGCAGGUGUCCGUUCUGCGAGCACUGCACUCACCACUGCUGUCGUGGCACGAUUGUAUCGGCCUGGGAAUUCUGCCGGCGAGCUUCCCGCGGCAGAUUUGUCAGCGCGGCUCGGCAGCCGAGACUGGGACGGACGGUGGGGCACCGGAGCCGCCGCCGCCCGACUUCGACGCACUGAAAGCCGAGUUCCCGAGGGUCUUCGAUACGAAGUCGACCCUGCGGAAGAUGACGGGGGAGCCGAUGAAGAUCGAGCUGACGGACGACGCCGUCCCUCACGCUGUGACCACCGCCCGGAAUAUCCCGUUCUGUUGGCGAGAGGACGUGCGACUGCAACUCGACGAGCUGAUGGAAAAGGACAUCAUCGAGCCGGUGGAGCACCCCACAGACUGGUGUCAUCCGAUCGUUCCUGUUGCUAAGCGGUCGUCAGACGGCACAGUGUCCGGCUGCCGGCUGACCGUGGACUUCACGAAACUGAACCGGUUCGUGAAGCGACCGACUUACCCGGUCCGCUCGCCUCAAGAUGCAGUGGCCUCCGUCUCACCCGGCGCUGCAUACUUCACCAAGCUGGACAGCAAGGCGGGGUACCACCAGGUCCCGAUCCGGCCCGAAGACAGAGACCUGACGUGUUUCAUCACGCCGUGGGGCCGCUACCGGUACCUGAGGGCUCCAAUGGGAAUCGUCAGCUCUGGCGACGUGUACAACCAGCGCGGUGACGCCGCGCUCGGCGACAUCCCGCGCACGUGUAAGGUCGUGGACGACGUCCUGGCCUAUGAUGCUGACUACGCCGCCCACCUGCAGCACGUGCGGCAGAUCCUGAAGAGAUGUGACCAGCACGGCAUCACACUCAACCCGGACAAAUGUCAGUUCGCGGAAGAUGAAGUGGAAUUCUGCGGCUUCCGCAUCAAUUCAGCUGGCUACACCGCCGACGGCAAGAAAGUUCGUGCCAUCCAGGCCUUCCCCAGGCCCGGCAACAUCACCGACCUAGGGUCGUUCCUCGGCCUGCUGCUGCGGCCGCGGAACGCGUGGCUGUGGACGCCAGCGCACGAGCAGGCGUUCAGCGCGGUGAAGAUGGCACUCACGUCGCCUCCCGUGCUCGACUUCUUCGACCCUCGCCGCCGCACAGUCCUUGAGACUGAUGCCGCUCGCUCCGGCGGCCUGGGCUACUGCCUGCUGCAGCAAGACGCCGCAGGCCGGUGGCGACUGAUCCAGUGCGGCUCACGCUUCCUAUCGGACGCCGAGUCGCGGUACGCCGUGAUCGAGCUGGAGCUGCUGGCCCUGGCCUGGGCCUGCAAGAAAUGCAGCAUCUAUCUCAGCGGGAUGCAGCGGUUUGAAGUCCUGACCGAUCACCGGCCGCUCAUCCCGAUCCUCAACAGUAAGAGCCUCGCGGAGAUCGAAAAUCCGCGGCUCCAGCGGCUACGAGAACGGCUGGCGCCGUUCAACCUGCUCGCCACCUGGCGGCAAGGCAAGCUGCACGCCAUCCCGGACGCGCUGUCGCGCGCGCCGGUGGAUGACCCGGCGCCUGAGGACGAGGAAGCCGAGAGGGACGCCAGCCAUCAACUCGCCAGCGUGCUCUCACGGCUGGCCACCGACGGGGCGGACGACGGUCCGAGCCCGUUCAAAGACGCGGCGCUGACAGAAGUGCGCGCCGCCGCCGCCGCCGAUCCGGAGCUCAUCGCACUCACCGAUCUGAUCCUGAGUGGAUUUCCCGAGCACCGGUCACAGCUGGACCCGCGCCUCCGACCGUACUGGGGAGUUCGGGACCGGCUGGCCGUGGACGACGGCCUGGUGGUGUGCGGCCAGCGGCUCGUGAUACCGCCCAGUCUGCGGCGCGCCACGCUCGAGCGCCUGCACGCCAGUCACCAGGGCGUCGAGCGCACCAAACGCCGCGCGCGGCAGGUAGUCUACUGGCCGUUCCUGGACAGUGACAUUGCGAACCAUGUCGGUGCGUGCCCGGCCUGCCAGCGGUACCUGCCCAGUCAGCAGAAGGAGCCGCUGAUGCCGGAAAAGACGCCGUCACGUGUGUUUGAGGCUGUCUCCGCUGACUACUUCGCCUGGGCCGGCCGCACGUUCCUGGUGUACGCGGACCGGCUGUCCGGGUGGCCGUUUGUGUCGCACGUGGCCGGCGAGGCGACUGCCAGAGACCUGGUCCGCAGCCUGCGCCAGAUGUUCGCGGCCACCGGCGUGCCCACCACCCUCCGGACAGACGGUGGACCCCAGUUCACCGCCCGGCUCACCCGAGAGUUUCUGCGCCGCUGGGGAGUGGAGCACCAGAUCUCCACGCCGCACUACCCGCAAUCAAACGGACACGCUGAGGCGGCGGUCAAGGCCGCCAAACGGCUCAUCCAGAAGGCGACCAGCAGCGGUGAGCUCGACACGGACGCCUACGCGCAGGGGCUGCUGGAACUGCGCAACACGCCGCGCGCCGACGGCCGCUCGCCGGCUCAGGUGCUGUUCGGCCACCCGCUGAGAUCGGCAGUGCCGGCGCACCACCGGGCCUUCGCUGACUGCUGGCAGCGGGCGGCGGACGACUGUGACGCCCGGGCCGCGGCGCAGCAACAGAAAACAGCCGAGCGGUACGACGCGACAGCCCGACAGCACAGCGCGCUCACCAUGGGUCAGCGCGUGCUCGUCCAAGACCCGCGGUCGGGGCUGUGGGACCGCGUCGGCGUCAUCACGGCAGUCGGACAGCGGCGCGACUACCUGGUCCGGCUGCCCAGUGGCCGAGUCUACUGGCGGAACCGGCGCUAUCUGCGACCCCAGAGAUCUCUCAUCUCGGAGGGCGCCGCCACACCUGCACCCGGGCGCCGGCAGCAGCCCGCUCCGAGCUCGGCACCCGACGGCACGGAGGAGACCGCCGCCGCUGCGCCGGCGGGCGGACAGCCGGCACCACCGGUGCUGCGGAACAGCGCCGACGACCCCAGCUCAGUGCGCCGUGGGACGCGCCGCCGUCGCCGUCCGGCCCGACUGACCGUGCGCUGGGCGGACCAGACGUACGACUGAGUUCGUGCGUCCACACCGUGUGUGGUGUACAUUUUUGUUUUCUGUGUUAGACGCAAUGCGUAUCUUGUACCGACGCAUGCGUCUUGAGGGGGGGUGUUGUGUUGGGGCAUGUUUUCCCUCCAUUUUCCCUUUUUCCCUUCAUUUGGACUCACCCCCCGGUCAUAUGGAAACACGCAGAAAAUAAACAGUUCCAUGGUCGCCGCCAUCAUGUUUCGGUCGCCCAGUG